UCAACAGCCGCCAUCUUGUCGCGGCUCGGAAUCAGGAUUUCGAUACAGCACUAUUUUUUAUUUUGAAACGGCGCGUCCGAAGCGAGGUUUAACGACAUCGUUUGGUAUAAAACGACGCAUUUAAAUCACAACGAAGAGUAUUUUGGCGAAAAAUCCUGGAAUUAAUCGGUGUUCGUCGGCCACAAAACCCUCGUAUAUCUGAUUUCCCCUUCAGAGCGGCGCUUCUGUCCGUAUCUCGUUCCGAACAGUAUUGUUUACUGGGGAGUCGUCGGAGGACAGACAGCAUCGAAGGGACAAUUUUGCAAAAAUAUACAAUUUUUAUGCAAUUAUGCAUUUUUAAGGAGAUUCAAACGGUUUUUGCACGAAAAUGUUUGACGUCAAAAAAUAGGUUGUUUGAUGAUGCAAAUUUAGCGUCGCCUGGGGACACAUGCAAGAAUUCCUGUGGAUAUUUUAAGUUCAAUUUUAACUUUAUUUCUCGAAAGGAAAUAUUUUCUGGAGGUAAUUUAACGAUGAUAAUGUGGGUGUUGGGUGUUGGAUUAUCAUGGGGUGAAUGGCGGUGGCGACGCGGGGCGCUGUUGUUGCUUUUUUGAAAUCCUUACUUGCUGCUAGCUAGCUAGCUAGCAAGCAGGCUAAUCGGCAAGUUGGCUAGCUAGCUAGUUAGCUAGCUAGCAACUCUCCAAAGCGUGUAAGAAAGUAAGUUGGUGGAACAUAUUUUUCUGUCGAAAGGAUUUUCAUUUUUCGAUUAUAUGGUGAGAAGUACAUCUACCUACUGAAAUGUCUGAAAAUCUGCUUGAUGUUGGACCCCCAAAUCCAAAGAGAGCGAAGCUGACAACACCUGCUCUUUCGUCCGCCUCAGAUGGUCCAGGAGAGCUGAACUCUUUGUCGUGGGAUGAUCUGGAGAGUAACCUUCCUGACGAGCUGAUUCCGAACGGUCCGAAUGGGGACCUGAACCUGAUGGCCAUGCCCUCCAACGGCGGAGGGACGGGCACAGGCGGGCUAGUGCCCGAUGCUGCCGCCAAACACAAGCAGCUCUCGGAGCUUCUGCGUGCGGGCAGCAGCGCCAGCCUGCCCCCAGGGCUAACCGCCGCCAGCCCCACACCUACGUCCAUGGGUGCCCAGCUUGGCGCGCUAGGCAAGAGCCCCUUGGGCCAGGGCUCGCCCUCACACCCCUCUCAGACGCAGAAGCCAGGGGCUGCUGCCGGCACACAGGGCAAUGGCACGGGGGCCGGCAUGGGCCUCAAUGCGGGCUUUGGCCAGGCCAUGCUGAACAACGCCCAACCACACGGCCUGAUGGGACAGAGCACGGGUGCCCAGCAGGGGCAGGUGAUCAACGGGACCCUGGGGCAGGCCGGGCGAGGGCGGGGUGGGGCUGCCAUGCAGUAUCAGGGUCCCGGCAUGCAGGGGGCACCCUCUGUAGGAGCAUCAGUGGCAGCAGGCGGAGCAGGCAGCGUGCUGGCAGAGACUCUCACGCAGGGGGCACAGCAGAUGGGCAUGAACGCACAGCAGGCUGGCGGCAUGAGCAAGAUGGGCAUGCCAGGGGCCAGUAGCCCGUUUGGCCAGUACCAGACAGGAGGGCAGCCAUUGGCAGGAGCAGGUGUGAACACGCAGCUGCAGAGCAAAGUCACACUGCAGAACAGCCUGCCGCCCUUCCCCGCUGACCUGAAGGGCGGCAAUGUCACCACCGUGCCAAACAUGCAGCCUCCAGGUCAGCAGGUGUCUGUAGGGAUGGUAGGGGGUCAGGGUGUGGCGACGGGCCCCACGGCCGACCCGGAGAAGCGGAAGCUGAUCCAGCAGCAGCUGGUCCUGCUGCUCCACGCCCACAAGUGCCAGCGUCGGGAGCAGGCCAACGGGGAGGUGCGCCCCUGUGCCCUGCCCCACUGCAGGACUAUGAAGAACGUGCUCAACCACAUGACCCACUGCCAGGCCGGGAAGUCCUGCCAGGUGGCUCACUGUGCCUCCUCCAGACAGAUCAUCUCUCACUGGAAGAACUGCACCAGGCACGACUGUCCUGUCUGCCUCCCCCUCAAGAACGCCAGCGACAAGCGCAACCAGCAGCCAAUGCUGAGCUCCCCCAGCACAGGUGUGCAGAGCUCGAUGGGUCCAGUGGGUUCAGGUCAGCCCACGGCACCGGCACUCAGCACCCCUGCACCCAUUGACCCCAGCUCAAUGCAGCGGGCAUAUGCUGCCCUGGGGCUCCCAUACAGCAACCAGACGCCCACACAGACGCAGUCGUCCACACAGCCGCCCGGAGCAGGCCAGCCCCCAACACAGCCCGCACAGACCCAGCACCAGCAGCAGAUGAGGCCACUCAAUGCUCUUGGUGCUAACCAGAUGAAUCUAAGUGGGGGGACAAUGGGGCUGCCCACAUCGGAACAGGCCAAGCUGCACCCAGACACCAACAUACCAUCCACUCUCAACGCCAACAACCAGCUGAUGUCGGACAGCACCACGGUGGGUGCUCUGGGUAGCGUGCCCACAGCAGCUCCGCUGCCCACAGGCGGGGUGAGGAAAGCCUGGCACGAGCACGUCACUCAGGACCUCCGCAACCACCUCGUCCACAAACUAGUUCAGGCCAUUUUCCCCACUCCGGACCCUGCUGCUCUGAAGGACCGACGGAUGGAGAAUCUGGUGGCAUAUGCACGGAAGGUGGAGGGAGACAUGUACGAGUCUGCCAACAGCAGGGAUGAGUACUACCAUUUCCUAGCAGAGAAGAUCUACAAGAUUCAGAAGGAGCUGGAGGAGAAGAGACGGUCUCGUCUCCAGAAGCAGAUCAUUAACCAGGCGCCUAUGACCGCUGCAGGGCCACAGCAGCCCACACUGAAUCAGCCCAGUGCCCUGGGUCCCAGGCCACAGAAUGGUCCUGUGCCUAUGCCCAAUGUGCCAAAUCAGAUGAUGAACCGCAUGCAGGUUACCCAAGGGAUGAACCAGUUUAAUGCGAUGUCCAUGCAGAAUGUACAGAUGUCCCAGGCUCCAGUGGCGACUCGGGCUGCGUCUCCGAUGGGUCACGCACAGCAGAUGAACAUGAGCUCUGUUCCACAGAUGGGUAUGUCACCCACACGGAUGGCCCAGGCACAAGGCAUGCUUGGGGCUCACAGUGGGAACAUGGUGGCUCAGACCACCAAUCAGACACAGUUUAUGCAGCAGUUUCCCGCCAACACAAACACCAUGAAUGUCAACAUGGGCCAGCCCAACACGCAGGCAGCUGUCACGCAGCAGCCCCAGAACCUUCCUCUGAAUGCACUUGGCCCACUGGGCCCACAGAUGACCUGCCCCGCACCGCCCCAAACCCCCCUCGGUGCCACUCCGCCCCCCAACGCAGGCUCCGCCUCUGCCGCAAACCUGCCUGCCCUGCAGCCCAAUCAGGCCAGCACGCCCACUCCAGCACCUGCCCAGGGCACCCAACCGCACCCUCAGCCCCAGACGGAGCUCUCUGCCCAGGCACUGCAUCACCCUGGCACCCCUAGUGGUGAUAACCGAGUGCUGACCCCAACGUCGGCAGCAAGUGCAGACCUGCAUUCUCAGCAUGGUGUGUCGGAGGUGCCGGCCACAGCAGCCGAACUCAGAGUGGAGCCCAAACAGGAAGAGCAGGACUUCGAGUCUGGUGCUGUGGAAACCGAUGCCAAGAUGGAGGCAGAGGACGACUCUGUCUCCCUCUUGGUCAAGAAAGAAGAGCCAGAUGGGACAGAGGCCAAGCAGGAGCCUAUGGAAACGGAGGACAAGAAGACAGACGUGAAGCCGGAAACCAAAGAAGAGGAAGAAGGCGGGACGAAUGGCACGAUGUCCUCCUCACCUUCGCAGUCUCGCAGGAAGAUCUUCAAGCCAGAGGAGCUUCGGCAAGCGCUCAUGCCCACGCUGGAGUCCCUGUACAGACAGGACCCCGAGUCCCUGCCCUUCCGUCAGCCCGUGGACCCAAUACUGCUGGGCAUUCCCGACUACUUCGACAUUGUGAAGAACCCUAUUGACCUAUCCACCAUUAAGCGAAAGCUGGAUACAGGCCAGUACCAGGAGCCCUGGCAGUACGUGGACGACGUCUGGCUCAUGUUCAACAACGCCUGGCUCUACAACAGGAAGACAUCGCGUGUCUACAAGUACUGCUCCAAGCUGGCCGAGGUAUUCGAGCAGGAGAUCGACCCCGUCAUGCAGGGCCUCGGCUACUGUUGCGGAAGGAAGUACGAGUUCUCCCCUCAAACGCUGUGCUGCUAUGGUAAACAGCUUUGCACCAUUCCUAGAGACGGCACCUACUACAGCUACCAGAACAGGUAUCAUUUCUGUGAGAAGUGCUUCAAUGAGAUCCAGGGAGACAGCGUGACACUGGGGGAUGAUCCUGCUCAGCCACAAACUAUGAUUUCUAAGGACCAAUUUGAGAGGAGGAAGAAUGACACACUAGACCCUGAGCCGUUUGUUGAAUGUAAAGAUUGUGGGCGCAAGAUGCAUCAGAUAUGUGUGCUACAUUACGAAGUCAUCUGGCCUGCUGGCUUUAUCUGUGAGAACUGUUUAAAGAAGAGCGGGAAGACAAGGAAGGAAAAUAAGUUUUCUGCAAAACGGUUGCAGGUAACGCGACUGGGCACAUAUAUAGAGGACCGGGUGAAUAAGUACUUGAAAAGACAGAACCAUCCAGAAGCUGGCGAGGUGUUCGUACGAGUAGUCGCUAGUUCUGACAAGACGGUGGAGGUCAAACCCGGCAUGAAGGCCAGGUUUGUAGACACUGGCGAGAUGGCUGAAAGCUUCCCCUACAGAACCAAAGCACUUUUCGCCUUCGAGGAGAUUGAUGGAGUUGACGUGUGUUUUUUCGGCAUGCAUGUGCAGGAGUAUGGCUCUGACUGCCCUUUCCCCAACACCAGACGGGUAUACAUAUCAUACCUCGACAGUAUUCACUUCUUUAGACCUCGCAUGCUUAGGACAGCUGUCUAUCACGAAAUCCUCAUUGGCUAUUUGGAAUACGUCAAAAAACUCGGGUAUGUGACGGGGCAUAUUUGGGCAUGCCCUCCCAGUGAAGGCGACGACUACAUCUUCCACUGUCACCCUGCUGACCAGAAGAUCCCCAAGCCCAAGCGCCUGCAGGAAUGGUACCGCAAAAUGUUGGACAAGGCCUUCGCGGAGCGGAUACUGCACGACUACAAGGACAUCUUCAAGCAAGCGACUGAGGACCGUCUGACUAGCGCGAACGAGCUGCCAUACUUCGAGGGCGAUUUCUGGCCCAACGUCCUGGAGGAAAGCAUCAAGGAGCUGGAGCAGGAGGAGGAGGAGAGAAAGAAGGAAGAGAACACGGCAGCAUGCGAAACCCCGGAGGGCACACCCGGGGACAGCAAGAAUGCCAAGAAGAAGAACAGUAAGAAGACAAAUAAAAAUAAGAGCAGUGUCAGUCGGGCCAACAAGAAGAAGCCUGGGAUGCCGAAUGUAGCCAAUGAUCUGUCCCAGAAACUCUAUGCUACCAUGGAGAAACACAAAGAGGUUUUCUUCGUGAUCCACCUGCAUUCUGGGCCGAUGGUGAACACGCUGCCACCCAUUAUGGACCCGGACCCGCUGCUGACCUGUGACCUGAUGGACGGGCGGGACGCCUUCCUGACGCUCGCACGCGACAAGCAUUGGGAAUUCAGCUCUCUGCGCCGCUGCAAGUGGAGCACCAUGUGCAUGCUGGUGGAGCUCCACAACCAGGGCCAGGACCGCUUCGUCUACACCUGCAAUGAGUGCAAGCACCACGUGGAGACACGCUGGCACUGCACCGUCUGCGAGGACUUUGACUUGUGCAUCAACUGUUAUAACACUAAAGGCCACGAGCACCCAAUGGUUAAGUGGGGUUUGGGUCUGGACGACGACAGCAAUGGUCAAAGCGGAGAAGCCUCCAAGAGCCCCCAGGAGAGCCGGCGCCUGAGCAUCCAGCGCUGCAUCCAGUCACUGGUGCACGCCUGCCAGUGCCGCAAUGCCAACUGCUCCCUGCCGUCCUGCCAGAAGAUGAAGCGGGUGGUGCAGCACACCAAGGGCUGCAAGCGCAAGACCAACGGCGGCUGCCCCGUGUGCAAGCAGCUCAUCGCACUGUGCUGCUACCACGCCAAGCAUUGCCAGGAGAACAAGUGCCCCGUGCCCUUCUGCCUCAACAUCAAGCACAAGCUCCGCCAGCAGCAGCUCCAGCACCGGCUGCAGCAGGCGCAGAUGAUGCGCCGUCGCAUGGCCUCCAUGCAGGGACGGAGCAUGCCCCAGAGCAACCUGCCCUCCCCGCCCCCCUCUACCGCCCCCAGCACGCCCACGCCGCACCAGCAGCCACACACGCCCCAGACUCCGCAGCCUCUCUCCAACCAACCCUCCACUCCCAACGCUGGUGUCAUGUCCCCCGGCUACCCUUCUGGCCCCCGCAACAGCCAGCCCCCCACAGCAGCCUCGCAGGGCAAGCCCGGACCGCAGGCCUCCCCCCUGCAUCAGCAGCAGUCACCUCUCCCCCAGACCCCCCAGACCCCCCAACCGCCGCCCCAGCCGCAACCACCCCCACAGCAGCACCCACCGGCAGCCGCUGUCAAGAUCGCAAGGCACAUAGAGAUGGUGGCUCAGGCUCAGCAGAACCAGAACUACCGCAUGACCAUGAAUGGCCUUCCCAUGAACCACCAGCAGCAGCGUAUGCCCGGCCCCAUGCAGCCGCCCAUGCAGAUGGUAGGGCCCCGCGGGCCACAGGUCAUGCCUGCCAUAUCGCCGGGUCAGUGGCCUGGAGCACCGCAGCCUGGCAUGCAGCCCGCCCAGCCGCAGGUGCCCGCCCCGCAGGUGGCGCCCGGCCCCCAGUCGGCCAUGACCCUGCAGAGACCCAUGAUGCCCCAGCAGCCACCAUCGCAGCAACAACAGCAGCAGCAGCAGCGCAUGAUGGUACCGGCCCAGGGCCAGAGGCCCCAGGCGCCCCAGCGGCCCGGCGCUAUCGCCCCCAACGCCCUGCAGGACCUACUGCGCACGCUCAAGUCACCCAGCUCACCCCAGCAGCAGCAGCAGGUCCUCAACAUCCUCAAGUCCAACCCCCAGCUCAUGGCUGCCUUUAUCAAACAGAGGACGGCCAAGUACCACGCCAGCCAGCCACAGCAGCAGCAACAGCAACCGCAGCCGCAGCCACAGCAGCCAGCACCGAUGCCGCCGCAGGGCAUGCACCCCUCGCAGCCUGCGAUGCAGGCCAUGGCCAUGCAGGCCGGGCAGAGACCAGGCAUGCAGCCCCAGCCCCAGGCCGCGGCGCAGGCCAUGGCAGCCCUCGGCCCACAGGCUCCGCUGAUAAAUCCAGCCCACGCCAACAACCCCCAGCUGCAGGAGAUCUAUCGCAGGCAACUCCUGCGGCAACAACAACAACAACAACAACAACAACAGCAGCAGCAGCAGCAGCAGCAGAGCGGAAUGGCCCAGCCGCACGGUCCAUUCCCACAGGCACAGGGCACCGCCCCCAGCUACUCGCAGCUCCGCAUGCAGCAGCAGUUGGCCAUGCAGGGUUCCAGCGGACCCAUGGGCCAGCUCCCACCCAUGGCCCAGAUGGGGCAGGCUGGGCUGGGUAUGGACAGCACACAGAACCUCCUGCACCAGCGCAUACUUCAACAGCAGCAGCAACAGCAACAGCAGGCGGCUGUACUCAAGCCCCAGAUGGGCUCGCCUGCACCGCCAGGCCCCAUGAGCCCACAGGCCCACCUGCUCUCCGGCCAGCCCAUGGCUAAUGCGCUUGGCAAUCAGGUGCGCUCACCUGCACCCGUGCAGUCACCCCGGCCGCCGUCGCGGCAACCGCCGCCACCGCAUUCCAGCCCAUCACCACAGGUGCAGACGCAGCCUUCUCCCCAACAUGCUCCGCCCCACUCUGGAUCGCCCCACCCCAGCCUCAGCGCACCCAUGCCGGGCGCUAUGGAACAGGGACACCUAGGCACACCAGAGCAGAGUGCUAUGCUCCCACAGCUCAACACCCCCAGCCGAGGGGCGCUGGCCAAUGACUUAGCCAUGGUCGGAGACACCACGGGGGACACGCUGGAGAAAUUUGUGGAGGGAUUGUAGCGAUUUCUGCGAAUUAGCGCCGCCCACCUUCCCCAUUUUCCCUCACCUCCCCUCCCCAGGUCCUUUAUCCUUCCCCUUUUUGGCCGUUUUUUGUUGUUAUUGUUGUUGUUUUUGUUUUUUGUUUUCCUCUAUAAAUAAUUUUUGUACUGACAUGUAAAAAGUUCCAAAAUAUGUAAGUUUGGGGGGGGGGGGGAGAGCAAUGGAAAAAUAAAAAAAAGUCAUCAAUCCUAGGAAUGUUGAUAUGUUUCCUAAAGCAAGACUGAUAUUUCUUCCUUUGAGUUGAGGAAUUAGAAAUUGCUGUUUAAAAAUAAAUUUAAAUCACAAAGAAUAUAUUUUUUGGUUGAGACCAAAUAUGGUCGUUGUUUUUUUUUUUCACAUUUUUGGUGUUUUGUUUUGCAUUCUUUUCGGGGGGUAUGGUUUCAUGCCUGCUCUUUUUUAAGAAAAUUUACAAAAGUUCAUUAUAUUAUUCAUACCUUUUUAUUUUGUACCCUAACUUUAAAACAUUUGUGUUCAAAGACUGUAAAAUAAUUUGUCUGGGAAUUUGGGCAAGGUUUUUUUCUGCUCUUGUCUUUCCUGGCGAUUGUAUUCUAGUGUUGUACCGUUUAAUUUUUUGUUUUGUUUUUCAGACAUGCAUUUUGGAGGAAAACCCUCCUUUCCUCAUUGUGAAGUCUUUUUGAGGAGAACUAUUUGUUUGUGUUGAUAGGAACUGGGCACACACACACGUCAAACACAAUACAUCAACAACCCCAAGAGUAUGUGUAAACACCACCAUCUCACUGGCCUGGAUCCAGAAUUUCUGUCUCGCAGAUGUAGAAAAUUGUUGCUUUUUGUCCUGAUUUUGUGACACAGAUCUAUGAGUAUAAAGCGUGAGGGGAGGAGGCCCUAAGCUGCGUGGGUCUGGAAUGAGCCAUCACUGGUUGACUGCUUUUGGAACACAGAGUUCUGCUAUCGACCCUCAUUCCUCUCACACACAAACUUGAACUGGGGCUCCACUUUUCCUCUCGGUGUAAAUCAUGCAAGUUAUUACGCAAAAUACUAUAAAUAUAAGGAAGAGAGAAUGGAAUCACUGUAUAAACUGGUUAAAAAACUUAUUUCUUACUUAUAUACCAUAUUGUUAAAUAAACUGUGUGCAACAGAUCAAAUCUA